AUGUCCGCUCUUGAUCCAGAAAGGCCUUCCCAGCCAGGACAACAGACAGGCCUCAACCAAGCACAGAACCCGGCAUCCAAGACCUCGCAAGAGGAGACAACAUCCCAAGAGACAGCAGACAACGCAUCCUCCAAACCGAUCGACCACCGAAGCCCCCAUGACGUCCCCUCAGAGCACAGCGAAGGCGCACAGCCCUCCGCCCUCGGCGCCGGCGACACUGGGCCGCUGAAAGAGAAGGCGAUCCCCGACUCCGAUGCCCAGAACUACUCCAAGGGCGACAGUAAUCUGGAGGGCGAGCAGAUGCGCAUGCCCGGCGAGGGCGAUGUGGCGCAGGCGGUGCGGCAGGGCGGCGGCGGUGGCCAUCAAGAUGCGAACAGCUUGACGCAAGAUAUCGAUCGCCAGGAGAAAGAGCAUGCUUCGGCGCUGCACGACCGGGGAGAGCGCACGGGGAAGGAGCUCGAGGACGAGGAGCAGGAGGAUUGGACCGGCAAGAAGGCUGAUAUCGCUGAGGCGCUCGGUGCGGAGGAUGAGGAGCGUCCGGGCGUUGUGCUGGCGGCUGAGGAAUGA